GGUCUGACCCUGCUGCCCUCCUUCUCUUUAAGCCCUUUAAAGGAGAUGUAUUCAGAAUCGAAGCAGGGCGACCGGUGUUGAAAUACCAGUGUGCCCAGGCAGCGGCAGCACCUUAAUGGGACAGAUGACGGCCUCUUUGACUAAUCGCUUUGUGUCUUCCAGGCCGAUGAUGCUCUCCCACUGCACCUUUUGCUUUUGCAAAUAGAUGUCUUUUUGAGGAUGAGAUGAGGAAGAAAAGCCCCCUCAGCUCCAUCUACUGCCACCUGCUUGGCUACAUAGCCGCAGCAGUGGACCAGGAGACUUAUGGAGGUGUGGGAAGGUUCAAGGUCUGCGAUAACGUCAGUCUGGAGUACAAGAGUUAUCACUACGUCAAGUUUGAGAGAUAUCCCAAACUUAUCAGAAGAAUGGAAAAACAAGAAAUGCAAGAAGUGGUGGGUAAAGAGUCCCUGUUCAGGAAACGCCGCCAAGAAGACAGCUGCCAGUUCACAUACAAAUGUAUAGCAAUAAAUGAAGAACAACCAAGAUGAAGAUAUUUAAAUAAAAGAUGGUUAUUCUGA